GCAAUGUUGACAGUUCUGUAUCAUCGCUUUUGAGAUAUCGUUUUUCUCGUCGUCGGUUCUGUUUGGUUUAUUUUGAAGUAACAACUAAACUUUCAAGACUGAUUGCUUAGAAGGUAAACUGUCAUUCACCGAGAUAUAUUCAGGGGAUAAACAGCUUCGUUUCGGAUAUGGUACGGUGUAUCAAACAUCUUACAUUCCAAACCCUUGUAGUUUUCCUGUAGAGAUUAACACCCCGAGGAAUAUUAUAUUAAGGUUUGAUCCAGACGCGUGACUUGAUAUAUGUUGGAAUUUCUACGUGAGAAAAGAGUACAUAUCAAUCAAGCCGAGGAUACAAGUUUGUUGUUGCUUAUUUCAAGGAUGCGUGGAGAAGCAAGUGGCGUCAUGCGGUGUGUGUCCUUGUUUUGUUUGAUGAUUGUGAUGUUUCUUCCCGACGAAAUGGACGGAGCCAUUACAUUUACCUCGCCGGCUGCCAAUCCCCAUACAGUUACCGCUCCAGAGAACGCUCCUCCCACGCCUAUUGCCACGGUUACGGCUACAACCGAUUUAAACGACCCUGCAACAGGUGUUCCUCCGACCAAGAUGUUCUACACCAUGACCUCUGCCCCAGCUGAUGGCAAGUUCAUCAUCGACCCUAGCACCGGCAUUAUCACGGCCGCGGCAAAUGCUACUUUUGACUUCGAGAACUCAGCCUUAGGUAAACCAACAGCAGAUGAGCGUCGCUACGUGCUUACGGUAACAGCAUUCAGUGGUAUCUAUGAUGGGACACCUUUGACCCUUGAAACAGCCGACAUGGUAAUAAACUACGAUAUCACAAAUGUGAACGAAGACAUCGAAAUUACCAACCUACCCAAGUGUCUCAAUGUCUACGAAAAUAAUGGCCCAGAGACAAUCGUUGCCGUGUCAGUGUCAGACGGAGAUGAAACACCAACAGGACAAAGAUUGUAUAAUUUCAAUAUAGAAAGCAAAGAGCCAUCUGAAUAUGAUGAUUUUGAUAUUGACAAGAGAGCCCCUGCAACCGGAGGACCGCUUACACGACAUGAGAGUUGGCUGAAAACGAUAGGAAGCCUUAACUAUGAGAAACAAAACAACUACAACAUGACAAUAUCUGCAGAGGAUGAAUUUGGAAAAACUAUCACACCAACACCCGUGAAGAAGACAAGGUCGCACAAGGUCGAGGUGCAGGUCAUCGAUGUCAAUGAACGACCCAAAUUCUACGAAACUUCGUCAACUUGUGAGGUAGCCGAGAAUACGCCGAUCGGGACAACCGUAUCAACAGGUAUCUACCCAUUCAGAGCCUUCGAUGUGGACAAAUUCCCAGGGCCAAACUGUCUCGGCAAAUGGCCUGAAUCAGUUGAAUACUUCGUCGAGGGAAAGUUUAGCGAACUAUUUCGAAUGAGCAACGUGAAUGUGACGGGGGCAGGACACGUGGAUGGGUAUCUUGUCGUUAACGCACUGAUCGACAGAGAAGACCCGGUUAACCCCAGGAAAGGAACCUUUAACUUGUAUGUCAAUGCCCGGGACCAUCGUGGUUUGCGUAUCGCUGACAGAGAUGAAGUGACGGUGACAUGCAAAAUCACAGACGUGGACGACAAUCCGACCAUCUGCAAAGAUUACAAAUUCGAAGCAGAACUCCAGGAGAACACCCCUCAUGAUACGCCAGUGCUGACGGUCUCCUGUUCGGAUAAGGAUGAUACCACUACCAACCCAAUAAUAUAUGAAAUAAAAGACGUGGGAAUCGAAAAGGAAGCCACCCUGGCAGACAAGUAUUUUCAUUUCGGAAGCGGAGGAACGAGUCCUAUCAUGACAACGAAAGCAAGGCUGAACCUUGAAGGCGGUACGACGCUCAAUUUCACGGUGACGGUACGACAGGGCGCAGCCUUCUCUCAGAUGUCCACGACCUUGUCAGUGGACAUAACAGUCAUCGGAAAAAACGACCAUCGACCCACCAUGGACAAAGACUUCUACAACUUCUUCGUUGCUUACAAUGAGAAGGAUGGGUUUGCGAUUGGGAAGGUGUCGGCCAGUGAUCUGGAUCAGCCGAAGUCCUCCAUUACCUACUUUCUUGUUGAGAAGGCUGAGGGUAUCCAGCUUGGUACCGUGUCAGGACAACUUUUUGUCGAUUACACCUACAUCAAAGCGAAGGGUAUAACUGCUGAGAAGACGCUGGAGAAGAACCAAAAAUACUGGAUGAGUGCUCGUGCUAACGAUAACGACAAACCACCAUAUUAUUCGAAUUACGUCUACAUUCGCGUGAACACGUACGUAAAGGAUGAUGUGAUGAUCAACAUUGAAGUUGCUGUAGGAAUAGGGGACUUCUCCGACUCACAGUUAGCCGAGUUCGAGCAGAGCAUAUCCAACAUUUGUAAGCCAUGCAAGGGAAUUUGUCCGGAAAAAUCAGCUAAGGGCGUGAACACGGUGGUCACCUGUUUUGCCCUGACGGACGACAGGACAUUCCAGAAAACCAACAAGGAACAGAAAGUAUCAUUCGUCAGCCAGGACGAACUCAUAGAUUACCUCACCAGUGAGAAGUUAGUCGCUGGCAACAUCUAUGGAUUUGGCACUUACGAUAUCGUGUCGGUGACCAAGUACGGCCAGGGACCGGAUUUGCUACCACUCUGGAUCGUGCUGGGAAUCCUCGGCUUCAUCGGGCUUCUCUGCGGUCUGGCAUUCGCCAUCAAGGCAUGCAUAUCCCAUGGGCUGUGCAAACCUAGACCAUCUCAACCAAAACCACCUGCGAAACAGCUACAUCCUGAAAGUUAUGAUGUGGACACUUUCAACUUCAAUUACGCUGCUCACGACAAGGGACCCAUGUAAACAAGAUACCAAACUUAUCAAAACUGAAAGAAUAUCAGAAAGAAAGUAUACAUUUUUUGUAGAUCGACACAGAAUUUUGUUAAGACUAAUUUUCGACACUACCGCAUCUUCUUCAAGUUCUGUCAGACUAUUUUGAAUACGAUCAAAUUUAGCCAU